AUGAUAUUUGAUGUAUUUACAUCAAUUUUACCAAUGUCCAUGAUUAUGCUUGGGUGUUGUAGCAAUGUUGUAACAUUAGAAUUAAUUAUAAAAGAAUCUUCAUCACACGCAGUUUUAGUAACAUUUUUUCAAUUUUUGACUGUGGCAAUUAUUGCAUUUUUUGUUAAUGUAAUUUGGAAAGUAAAAUAUGGCAUAAUACCAAUACCGAUUGGAUUCCGUGAGAGAAAAAUACCCAUGACUACCUAUUUUUUAAUGGUAUCAAUAUUUUUUAUAUUAUCAGUUUUAAAUAAUAAAGCAUUGGACUAUGAUAUACCAGUACCAUUCCAUAUGAUUUUUAGAUCCUCAUCAUUAUUAUCAACCAUUUUCAUUGGUUCAAUUUUCUACAAAAAGUCCUAUAGCAAACAACAGGUUAUUAGUUUAUUUAUGGUCACCUUAGGUAUUAUUUUUGCAACAUUUAACUCGAUGCCAGAUAGUAAAAAGGAUAUUUCGUUUGGACAAGAAUCAAACGUUUUUAAAUUUUCAAUUGGAAUUUUAAUGCUUACCACAGCAAUGUUUUUAUCAUCCAUUUUAGGUUUAAUUCAAGAGAGCACCUAUAGACUUUAUGGAAAAGACCGUCACUAUGAAACUAUUUUUUAUUCUCAUUUAUUAUCAUUACCAUUCUUUUUAUUUUUAAAGGACGAUAUUAUACAACAUAUUCUAAUUAAUAAUCAAUCUCAAUUAUUAGAACUUCCAUUUGGUUUGGGCGAAUAUCCAUCAUUAUGGGUUUAUUUAAUUAUCAAUGUAAUAACACAAUAUGUUUGUAUUCAAGGUGUAUUUAUUUUAACUGGUAAAACCAGUACCCUCACUUGUACUUUAGUAAUCAGUAUCAGAAAGUUCAUCAGCAUUAUUAUCUCGGUAAUCUAUUUUAAAAACGAUCUCACAUUUUUAUUAUUCAUAAGUACCUGUUUGGUAUUUAUCGGUACUUUUAUGUAUUCCACCGCCCCAAAAAUUGAAAAAAAAUCUCCCACUCCUGUCCAACUCCCAAAAAAUACAAAAAAAGAUAAAAUUAAAACAAAAUAG